AUGUCGGGUUUCAAUUUCGGAUCCUCCGCUUCACAAUCCACUUCCCCUUUCGGAUCCUCCGCUUCUUCUUUUUCAUUCGCCACCUCCGGUUCCCUAUUCGGAUCCUCCGCGCCCGCCACCGCCUCCACCGCCUUCGGAGCCGGAUCCUCCCCUUUCGCCUCCGCACCUUCCUCCUCCCCUUUCGGCUUCUCUUCCAACACCGCCUCCUCCCCCGCUUUCGGCACCCCAAACCCUAGCCCCGCCCCGAACCCGUUUCCCUCAUUCGGUGUCGGAUCCUCCACUGCCUCAACAACCACCGCCACCUCCCCUUUCGGAUUCAACCCCUCCACCGCCGCUGCGGGCUCUGCUCCGGCUACGUUCGGCUCAACCCCAUCCGCGUCGCUGUUUGGCGCAUCCUCAUCGGCGCAGGCUUCGGGUUCUACCACAUCGCUAUUCGGGUCGUCCCCGUUCGGGUCAACUGCGUCCGCGUCCACUUCCGCCGCUACUAGCUCUCCUCUCUUCGGCUCCGCUCCGGCUUCAUCUUCACCUUUGUUUGGGACUACUGGCUCUUCCUUCGCUCCCAGCACAGGCUCUGCUCUGUUCGGCUCAUCCACAUCAUCAGCAGCGCCGCCCUCUUCCACCACUCAGAACUUGUUCGGCUCUGCUGCUCCGUCGUCUGCCGCUCCAACCACUUCCUCAUUCCCGAGCUUGAGCUUUUCGACCUCUUCUUCGUCCGCAGCCUCCACCACUCCCGCAUUCUCGAGCUUUUUGACCUCUUCUUCCUCUGCAGCCUCAACCGCUGCUCCUGCAUUCUCCAACUUUUUGAGCUCUUCGUCUUCUGCGGCAUCAUCAACCGCUCCUGCUCCGGCAUUCCCAUCCUUUUCGAGCUCCACUCCUGCUUUCGCAGGCUUUCCGAGUGCUUCAUCUGCAGCUCCGGCCACUUCUGUGUUCACAAGCUCCUCCAGCUUCUCAUCAUUCCCGAGUUCAGCUCCUGCCAAGCCGACAGCAGCAUCCACACCCAGUACUACUACGGUGCCUUCGUCAAGCGGCGGUUUCGGCCUCUCAUUUGGAACCCCUGCAUCCUCGGCCUCACAACCUGCGUUCGGAUUCACCAACACCAAUGCAGCGUCAUCAGCAGCGCCGGCUUCCACCUCAUUGUCAUUUUCAAAGUCUUCAUCGCCAUUGUUUUCGACUGUCACCACCACAACAACGGCUUCUUCAACUCCGGCGGCAAGUAGCACUACACAAGCUGCUUUCUCUUUGUCAGCAUUCAAUGCGACUCCUAGUGCACCUCCUGCUCCGAGCACUGCUGCACCUACUUCAACUGCAGUACCUGCUAGCUCAGCUGCUCCUUCAUCAGGCACUACUACGAGUUCCUUUACCGGCUUUUCCUUAACACCUGCUUCUUCAGCGGCUACUACUUCUUCUUCUGGCCCUUCAAUGUUUUCCGGUGCCUCUGUGCCUGCAUCCUCAUCGCAAGCACAACCAAGCACUACUGUGCCUGCAUUUGCAACUGCAACAACCACUGCAACUACAACGACAACUGGUACCAGUACCCCUGCAGCUCAGACAUCAACAGCACUUGCUGUGGCUUCUACUAGUGGGUUAGUGUACUUCCUGUUGGUUCUGCCCUUUUCCUAUGGUUUAAUUCUGUCAUGUUUAUCUUUUAGGACAACCUCAAAUGUUAAUGGCAGCACUACAGUAUCUACGACAACACCAAAGUUACCUUCUGAGAUCACUGGGAAGACUGUUGAGGAGAUCAUCAAGGAGUGGAAUGCUGAGCUUCAAGAGCGUACUGGAAAGUUCCGAAAGCAGGCUAAUGCAAUAGCAGACUGGGACAGGAGGAUUUUGCAGAAUCGUGAUGUUCUUCUUAGGCUUGAGAUCGAAGUGGCGAAUGUGGUGGAUACCCAAGCUAAGGUGGAGCGGCAAUUAGAGUUAAUCGAGACUCAUCAGGAUGAGGUCGAUAAGGCUUUACAGAGCAUAGAACAAGAAGCUGAGUGCAUAUACCAGGAUGAGCGUGGAUUGCUUCUUAAUGAUGAAGCUGCAUCCACCAGAGAUGCAAUGUAUGAGCAGGCUGAGUAUAUAGAAAGGGAGCUAGAGCAGGUGACAGAACAAAUUAAAUCAAUCAUUGAGACUGUAAAUGCCAACCAGGGAGGAGAAUUGGACGUGAAUGAUGGGAUGGCUCCACUAGAUGUGGUUGUAAAAAUCUUAAACAACCAGCUAAGCUCUUUAAUGUGGAUUGAUGAAAAGGCCGAAGAGUUCUCUUCACGAAUUCAGAAGCUUGCCAAUCAAGGUCCUGCUGCAGAUCGUGAAUUGAUGGGUCCAAGAUACUGGAUGUCAUGAUCUUUGGAAUCGAACAACCUUUAUUUUUCUCUCAAGAUCAGUUUCUAACCGAAAGAAGUUUGUUUCUGCUCUGUAAAACCUCCCUCUAUCGCAAUAGUAUAUGCAUUGGGUGCACAGGUUGAACUUUGGCGGGAUGGGACCAGAUGUUGAAUCUAGAAAGAUUAUUUUGGGGAAUUUACGAUUAGCCCUCAAUGAGAUUAACCUUUUGUUUAAUUGACUGAUGUAAGAAUCCCAUGGUAUGUGGUUGGAUCAUAUUGUUACCAAUAUAUAAGUUCUCUGAUUAGUGUUGUGUUUC